AUAUUACAAUAACUAAUUACAUGUGGCACGACAUUUAUUAAAUGGUUUAACUGUGCUAUAACCAUAUAUACCCGAGUGACCUUGUGCUUUUUAUAUAACGACGAUUAUAGACAUAAGAUAAGAGACACCAAUGUUCAAGUAACAUUUAUUAUGACAACAGUAAUCACAAUAAACAAUUCUUCCGCCAAGUCAAAUAGUUCCAUAGUAAAAGACAGUUUAUGCACAUUAAUAUAUAAAUUCAAUUGACCCAUGACCGAGGAACUACUUUCCACCUGUCGACUAUGUCACGUAAAAUGCUGUUUUCUACAUGUAAAAAAUGCACAAUAUGUAGCCUAACAAAUGGUAACAGAUAACUUAAUAGUACGUUGCUAAAUAAGGGCUAUAAUUAGACCACAAGGAUGUAAGUUAGUGUUAGUACAAGUCUAACCAUUGUACUCCUUAAAUACAGUGGAUUUGAGGUAUUGACAGUGCACGUGUGCCUGUUCAAAUAAUGUAAACCAUAAGCUUAUUUUACUUAUAAUAAAUCAAAAACCCAGAAGGAACCCAAACAUCGGCUCAAAAUGAUGAACUCAUGAAGUCUUCAAUCUCAAAUGAGUGUGUAUUUUAGGCACUUUUUAAAUUUUAUUUGAGUUCAUUUUUUUUAAUGAUCACAUUUAAAAGUACACUUUUAAUUUAAUUCUACGAAUCACUUGCAGUUCCACCACGAACCACUAGGGGUUCCCGAGCCCUAUGGGGAAACCCUAGUUGUACUCAGUGUAAAGACCAUUGUAUCCACUAGAGGGCGACAUUGUAUAGCCGUGACAUGCAUACUUCUCAAAGUUUCAAGAACUUUUUUUUUUUUUUUUUUUUCAAAGUUUCAAGAACGUGUAGAGUUAACUUUAAACAAAUGUCAUAACCACUCUCCCCAAUACCACCAUUUCAUUGAAUAUAUUAGGACAAGCAGAAACAUUCCUCAUUCUUGAGAUGAUAUACUUCUGUGCAUGCCACAUUCAUUUCCAGUGCUUUUCCACCCUAGAUCCAGUCCACACAACAAAUGCAUUGUAGUUCACCGUCAUUACAUCAUAUUAAAAACACUACACACCAUUAAACUAAACUCACAUGCUUCAGUUCAGUUGAGUUGUUUAUGUCUUCUCUAUUUUUGUCUAAUGUGAUUCCUCUGGUAGCCGAAGGGGCCCACCUUUGAUCCAAAAUAGCUGUGCCAAUAUAUAAAAGUGUUUGAACAGCGGAUAUGUGUACAAUUCUGUGGUGUAUAAAUAUAUACAAAGGGACGUUUAGCAAAGCAGCUCACAGGCCAAUAGAGAACGACGGUGGUCCCCUAGGAGUUAUUUCACAGUAUUGGGAUUCAAAGGAAGGUGCCAACAUCUGUGUUUAAGUAUCUGGCCUAAACAGAUGGAAACAAACUAUGUGCUGCUACUGGAAGAAUAAAGACAUAGUCAUCUCUGUAACACAAAAGACAUUGCACAGACAUGAUGUUAAUGUAAUGUCAAUGGACUCUUCUAAAUAACUCAAUGCAUGACGGCAGAGAAAAUAAAGACAUUUUGGACUGCGCUAUUUGUGGAAUGGGCCUUGGGAUUGGAGGCUUGGAGCCAUUUGGCUUGACUUUCUUUGAAGAUGGUUUUGUGGAGGGUUAAACCCGUACUCCUCCCUCUCUCUGAUGCCUGUCGCUCUUUCAUUCUGCCCAGGGAAGGCUGUACGUCACUGUGGGUGCAGAUAUAAAAUAGUCUUUGGCUGUAUCUUGCCAUCUGCGCACUGUUUCUGCUGCACUGGACUGUAAUUCAUGUCAGUGAUGAGAGCUUUUUUAGCUGUUGCCUUGUAACGUGUUGGUGGCGACUGACUUUUUAAACUUGCGGAUAUCCAGGACUUGCAUUGUUGGAUUUUUCUUCCUGCUGCUUGGCUUCUAGUUGCCAUACCAUGAGGACAUGGAGGUUUUGUUUACUGAUUGUUUGUGUUUUGUUGCCGUACAUCGGUGGAUUCCAGCAAGAAGACACUCAAGCUGGUUGUAGCACAACUCCCAAUGACCUUGCGUUCAUCAUCGAUGGCUCCUCAAGCUUGGGGGUCCCCAACUUUGAAACAGCCAAGCGCUGGCUCAUCAACAUCACCAGUGGCUUUGAUGUGAGCACCAGGCACACUCAGGUGGCGGUUGUCCAGUACAGUGACACCCCUCGACUGGAGAUUCCUCUGGGAAAGCAUCAGAACAGCCAGGAACUCAUCGAGGCCAUCUCCUCCAUCUUGUACCUGGGAGGAAACACGCGGACCGGCCGCGCCAUCAAGUUUGCCACAGACCACGUCUUCGGGAUGCCUAACCGUACCUCCCAGUCUCCCAGAAACCGCAUCGCCGUGGUUCUCACCGAUGGGCGCUCACAGGAUGACGUUGAGGAUGCUGCAAUGGAGGCCAGAGCACAGAAUAUUGUUCUGUUUGCAGUCGGUGUGGGAAAUGAGAUCACUAACUCUGAGUUGGUGUCCGUGGCCAACAAGCCAGCCUCUACUUACGUGCUACACGUGGAGGAUUACAAAUCUAUUGCAAGCAUAUGGGACCUGAUGGAGCAGAAACUAUGCGAGGAAUCGGUGUGUCCGACGCGGAUCCCUGGGACAGUGAACGACCAGAAAGGCUUUGAUCUAAUGAGCCUGAUGAAGAUCGAGCAGGUGGCUCAGAAGGUUCAGGGCUCUUUGAUAUCAGAGAGAGCGUCACAGCUCAGCCCUCGCAUGGACAUCACUCACAACACCAGAGAGAUCUUCCCAGAAGGCCUUCCACCAGCUUUUGUGUUUGUGGCAACACUACGCUUGAAAAACCCAGCUCACUGGAUGAAGUUUGACCUCUUGAGGGUGUUAUCUCAGGAUGGGGUUAAGCAGAUUGCUGUGACUGUGAAUGGAGCAGACAAAUCGGUCACUUUUACCUGCACCAGCACUCUGAAGAAAGAGCAGACAGUCAUAUUUAAUGACAGAGGGAUUAAGAGGCUCUUUGACACGGAUUGGCACCAGCUGAAGUUUUUGGUGAAACCCAAACGCAUCACUUGUUUCGUAGAUGGUGCAUACGUGGAGGAGCAGCUCCUAGAUCCAGUUGUUCCUAUCUACAUUAACGGAAAGACUCAGGUGGCCAAGAAAGUCAAUAUCGAGACUACAGUCCCUAUUGUGCUGCAGAAGUUACGGCUCUACUGUGACCCUCAGCAAAGUGAACGAGAGACAGCAUGUGAAAUUUACUCUGUGGAUGAUGACAGGUGUCCUUCAGAUCGCUCUCCUGCUGUAGAAGGUUGUGAUUGCCCCAGUGGAAAACCUGGUCUGCCUGGUCUACCUGGACCUAUGGGCUUCAGAGGGGAGAAAGGCAGAGAAGGACCUCCUGGCCCUGAUGGUAAACCUGGGAAACCAGGCGAGAAGGGAGCAUCUGGAGAGCCUGGUCGAGAUGGACAGAAAGGUGAAGCAGGUGAACCAGGACACAAGGGGGAACGAGGGCUGGAAGGACCCAAAGGAGAAAUGGGACCACCAGGGCCACCGGGGCCUUCAGGACCGACAGGAACCGGCUUUUCCAAAUUGGAUUUGGAUGACUUUGGAAUUCAAGGAAGCAAGGGAAUCCCAGGAGAGCCAGGGGAAGUGGGACCGCCUGGAAAACCCGGACCAAAUGGUGAACCUGGGACACCUGGUCUACCUGGACUUGCUGGUCCCAAGGGAGAGAAAGGAGAUGAUGGCGCUUCAGGAUCAGACGGACAACCAGGAAUCCCUGGGAUACGGGGGCUUCCUGGAGAGAUAGGCCCUGCUGGACCUCAAGGUGAGCGAGGCAUGCCAGGACCAGCAGGCUUUACUGGACCAACAGGACAGCAGGGACCCCCAGGCCCAGCUGGCCCACCUGGCAUAGAAGGUCCUCCUGGUCCAAAGGGUAAUUCUGGCUCUCGGGGACAGGAUGGGCUCCCUGGUGCACCUGGUGCUAAAGGUUCAGAUGGAGAGCACGGCAUUCAAGGUCCCCCUGGUAUUAGAGGUCUACCAGGGUUCAAAGGUCAUAAGGGUGACUCAGGAUCAUCUGGACCAAGGGGAAGUCAGGGCGAGAAAGGAAACCAGGGAGAACCUGGAGUUGCUGGAAAACAUGGUGAACCGGGCCUGAAAGGGAACAAAGGAGAGAGCAGAAAACAGCAUCUUCUCGACGUACACAAUACGAACCAGGCAGCUUCAGUGUUUGAGCUGGGUUCAAGUUUUCGCAGGAUGUCCACGCGGAACCCAGGUGUAGCAGGGGAUCCUGGGAGCAGAGGGGCUGAUGGGAAAAAGGGAGAUGUGGGUCCAUCAGGGCCACCUGGAUCUCAAGGCUUUUCAGGUCUAGAUGGGUUACCAGGACAACCAGGAGUUCCAGGUUACCCAGGGAAACCAGGCAAGCCACCUUCAGAAGAGCAGCUUAUGAAGAUUUGUGCUUCUGUGCUACAAAGCCAGCUGCCACAGCUCCUGCAGGUGAUGGGCCAAAGAAGUUGCCAGCACUGUGAAACCAAACAAGGACCACCAGGCGAUCCAGGUCCCCCAGGCCCAACGGGCCCAUCUGGACCCCCAGGGUAUCCCGGCAUGGCGGGGUCUCCAGGCUAUCCAGGACCUCCAGGGCGGAGGGGACCUGAAGGGGUGAAAGGUGAUAUUGGCCCAAUGGGUAUGAAAGGUGCUAAAGGACAAGGUGAAGUUGGGUUGCCAGGUCCACCUGGCCCAGCAGGGUUGCAGGGCCCACGUGGGGAUGACGGUGAGGGACAUCCUGGGCCUUCUGGUCCACCAGGAAAACCUGGCACUCCGGGCACCCCAGGCAAACGUGGGCCCCCAGGAUCCAUGGGGAUUUGUGACCUGUCCUCUUGUUAUCAAGCCUAUGGCUUUCGGGAUGAUCCAUUUAGAAAAGGACCUAACUUUUAGCAUCAGGACAGUGGGAUCUUACUGAUUCUUUACAGUCUUUUCUCUCUCAGAUGAACAUUUCUGGUGCUCAGCAUUGACCUCAAGAACUCAUAACCUCUAAAGAAUGAUGUCAUGAUCUUGAAUCUUGAUCUUAAAUAUGUGAUGUGUUUUCCUGUCUGAGAAUCUUGAAUGUGGUAGAAUCUCUAAUUUGAAUGAAUCCUCAUUUUUGAUGCCGCUCUUUUCCAUACGUUGGGGGCAGGGACUAUUGAGCUUCAAAAAAUGACACAAGUAGCACCAUAAAAAUGAUCAGUAUGACACAUGUACUGUAUACAUACAUCAUUGGUUCUCAUGCGUCCUGUUACCAAUUUAAGUUUCAAUUUCAGAUUUUCGUUUUUGAGUGAACUGUUCCUUUAAAGAAAAUUUGCUAUACUGUAUCCACUGCACUGCCCUAGCCAAGCUACCUCUGUACGGGAUGUGAAGCAAUUUCUGCGGGCUAUACAUUGAACACUUAGGUUCAAAUACUUCUACUCAAGGGCUAUUUGUUAUUUUUUAUAGGAACAUUUUUACUACUACAACAUUUUUGAAUGAUUUAAUUAUACUUUCAAUUGUUUGAGAAUUUGAACAUGUCUUGUAGAAUUUAGCAGUACUCUUAUUAGUGUAGUUUUGGCAUGUCUUUCUGAUUUGUACAAAGAUCAUCAUUUAACAUCUAUUUAUUAUUUAAUGUUUCCUGUUGAUGUUCUUUUUUUAAUGCACGUAGGAUUUUAGCCUUGUCAUGUUUUUUUACAGAAUUUAUUUGUGCAACUGACAUUUUUAAAUUACAAUAAAUAUUU